AUGAAGGAUUCGUCAAAGCAUCCUCCGUAUGACACUAAUUUCGUCGCCAGUGAUACAGAAAAGGACAAGGUGCCGCCAGCGCUUAAGGAGCCAUGGACGAAGUGUUUCGCCCCCGUCGAAGUUGGAGACAAGAUCUCCAAUGGUCGGGCGUCAACGAACUGGGCCUUGGUUCCUGACGCUAGCGGAGGAUAUGAUGCCUAUGACAUUACCUGGCACGAGCCUGUUGGAAAACUCCUUAUGCGCGGGCACAUCGAAGAAGUUGUUGAGAAUGACGAAAAGAGUGGUCGUAGCCUUCGGGAUGUUGUUGGUAGGAUGGUCUACGACGUUACUGCCGGUGAAGAUGCCACAGAGGUCUUUUACAAGCACCAUGUGAAUCUAGAGAAGACGUUGGAUAUAGCAGAGUCAUUGGUUGUGGGGCGCAUUGUCAAUAACUGGGUCCCUGCUUCUGAGUGGUACGCCGAGGAUGAAGUAGUCUCCAUGGAAAAGGUGUACAAGUUUAACGGCCUAGCCAACUCUGACCCUGAAUGUCACAAUGCACUGAAGGGCUACCGGGGCACAUAUCUCACACCGAUCCCUAACUUCCCGGGGAAAGAGCUAGUUUAUGAUGUUACACUAAUAUUUCGUUAUGGAAGCCGCGACGAGCAGCAACGUGUCUGCCUAUGGCUGGGUAAAGUAACAGAAGACGACGACACCCAAGACUAG